AAUCCAACGUUAAUUUCCAUCACAUUCCUUCCGACUCUACUACAACUUCAACUCUAUAAAUUACAACACCAUUGAAUCCAAACAUCAUCAAACAAAAACAACUUCAACACAAAAAAGAAGAACAUUCUCUUGCUUAAAAGUUCAAAAACAGAAUACUAAUUCAGCUACAAUGACAAACUCAAGAGUUUAUCUCUGCCUAAUCUUUCUCAUGUUCGUUACUACUCCACCUGUGCUCUGCUCUCGCAGCCCGAGACUCGCAGCACCAUCAGCUACAAUAGGGAAUAGAUUCCCAUUCCAAGGCUGGCCUUUUCACAAGUAUGCUCCUUUCCCAAUGGUUAAGCCUACAAAUCCUUCUGUUCCUACAACACCCUCUUCUUCUGGAGCUGCUGCUGAGGAAGAGGAAUCUGAGAAGGUGCCUUCUUCUCCAAACAAAGGAAACAGAGAUGGAGGCAACGCUUAA